UUACACCUUCUAUUUUCCAUGAAGCGUGGUGCAUACCAUUUACUUCUAGGGGUCAUCAACAAUUCUUGUAAUUUGUUUGAAAUAAGGCGCAGUAUCGUAAACACAGCCAUGCAACGCCGGCAAAUACCAACAUUCACAUUCAAGCUUAGUGAUUUAAAAGAGUAUGAAAUAGCAAAACAGGAACGAUUAGCAGCUAAAGCAGCAAGUAUGGAAGAAAAAUCCGUAAAAACCGGUGACGGAACGAUGGAUCAACAAAACGCAGGCUCGUCGCAAAAGUCUCAAGAUAGCUAAUUUCCAUAAGACCUACAGUAAUUUACGAUUAAAUGUAAGAUUUGUGAAUAAAUAGGCCAAGUAAUUGAUUUUUUGUAACAAGUUAGGCUAUUGUGAGCUUUUUACAAUAGAUAUUUGAGAACUAACAACAUGCCGAUUACUCGUAUCAUGACUUGCUAGGUUUCCCCGAUUGUGAUUAACGAAUUUGUACAAAGGCUGAAAGGUUGGUAAAAUCGGAUAACAUGAUGACGAAGAAAUAUCGUAUUUGCAUUCUUUCAUGUAAUUCCUUGACUAGUCGUUGAUAUAUUGCACGUCCUUCUCCCGCUGCAUGGUCUAAUAUGGCCAAUCCAGUGUAGAAUGGACCUCCUCGAGACAAACACCAACAGCGUUGUUUACAAACAACGUGUAUACAACCUGUUUUUUCCGUAAAUCGUGAGCUAUCCAUAGAUGCGGUCGAGAGGUUUUGUUGAUAAACAUUGAUUGCAAUAUUUGCAUCCUUUUCCGUAAGCAAAAAUAACGCUAGUCGAUUCAAAAUGAAGCCUAGACGCACGUUUAUUUCCUGCCAAGAAAAGAAAGGCAUCAUUAAAUCCUACCUUAAUCAGAAGAAGACUACGGAAAUUGCUAGGAUAACGGGAUUGAAGCCAGGGACCGUGUCGCAAAUAGUGCGAAAGUAUCUGAAAACCGGUAAAAUCGAGAAAGGUAAAGUUAACAGUUGCCGUCGACAGCGGAAGCUAUCCGAAGAACAAAUCGCUCAGGUACGGGCAUGGAUUGAAGAAGACUGGUCAAUUUCACUGAAACAGUUGUCGGAUCGAUGCCUGCGAGAAUUUAACAUCAAAGUGUCGAGGACAACUUUACAUGGCUAUAAGUUGCCUGCCGCGUACAAGUGCGAAGCCAUCAAUUGCAACAACAAUAGAUACUUUGUGACCAAGUGCAAACUUGAUAUCACAUUCCAUAAGUUUCCCGAACCAAGUGAUCUGCUCGAAGCGUGGAUACAGUUUUGCCAGCAACCCAAAGGCUGGAAGCCGUCCCAGUGUUCAACUGUCUGUUCGAAACACUUUAAAACCGAAGAUUUCAUUCCAGCAUCUCAAGGAAAACUUCGUUUGAAUGCGGUUCCAUCGAUAUCGUAUCCAAAACGAAGACGUUCACUGGAUUGCCAGGUUCCAUUGGAUAGAACGGAGGAUGCGUCAGAAAAGGAGGAAUUUACAUGUAACGAGGAUACUGCACCUAACGAGGAAAUUACAUGCAAUGCGAAGAUUACAAGUGAAGAGCAGCAAACUUGUAACGAGGCGAACAUUCGUGGAGAGACAACGGGGCCCGCUGAUACUUCAAUACUCGAGUGUGAAUUGUGUAGUAAAAAAGAUGCAAUUAUCGAAGCCAAGGCUCAAGAAAUAAAACUGCUUUGGGAAACGAUCAAAUUGCUUCAAAAAAAGCAAAUGAAAACGACAAAGCAUGAAAAGGUAUCUAAUCAAAUAGAUGAUUCAACUCACCCUGAUUUAGAACCGCAAGAAAUUGAAGUGCUAGAACCUUACAUCGAUUCAUCGGAUGAAGAUCAAUGGGAGUAUUAGAACGGACCACCCAUUCAUCGGAUGACGAAUCGAACGCAAAUCCUCAACCUUGUUGUAUCUGAUUAUCCAGUUGUUGAGAGUUCCAUACCUUGAUUGCAAUGGCUGUUUAAAUAAUCUGAUGAGAUUACUUGCAAUAAAAUACAAUUAAAAUCGACAAAAGAGUUUUACAAUGUAAAUUAAUUCAAAAAAAGGCAAAAUAUUGAGCUUAGAAUUGAUUCCAUGAUGCACCUUUCCUCGACCAUAAUAACAUUCUAAACUCAAAAGACUUUUGUUAGGCAAUAUUUUUCUCAUCAAGCUCAAGAGUAUUGAACAAAAAAAACAUUAACCAAGUACAGACAAUCACAAAUAUUUUAACAUGAGAUUAAACAUAACAUUUAAACAGAAUUUGUAUUUUAUGGGCAGAAGUAGUAGGAGAUAGUUAAAUAUGUUCUAUCUUUAUUGUGCAUUUCAUCGACACCAUUUUUGUAAUUAUAUGUAGUAAAUUUUUGUAUAAAAGAAUACGACCCAUUUUUCACUUAAACUGGUUUUGUUAGCAUAACGAUUGAAAUAUCAUUAACAUUUUCAUGUGAUAAACAAAAAAUU